ACCAUCGCGCAGCACUUGUUGCGGCCUCGUUUCUUCUCCGCGCCCGUGCUGGCUUGGUCAGUUGCGCGCCGCCUGUAUGCCUGGCGCGCGCUGCAUGCAUGGAUGCUUCCCCCCCCCCGCGGCUCCCUCCGCCAAAUCCGGCCGCCUGUCUUACUUUGUUUGAUUGUGGUUUUGGUCCUACAGUUCAUUCUAUCUGGUUAUGGUCAGGUGCCCGCGGCUUGAUUAAGUGAUUGCUGCGCAGCCGGGUCGCCCGCCAUGUAUUGCCUGGCCUCUUCUCGGCAGCAGGUCUGCCAGCCUCGGACCACUAUAUUGACGCGUCUCUCUUCAUAACCCAGCGACAGGCAGUGUUGGUGGAAGUGCAAGUGGAAGUGCACAUCACGACGCAGCCUGCUGAAGAGGAGGCGCAAGUGUGUGAGAG